AUUAAUAAUAUUAUGAUGGUAUUUUUUCUAGGAAUGCUGUCAUGCCACCCUUAGCAGGUAAUGGAACAGGUUAAGGGUGGAGAGAAUGAUACAUCCAUUGGCGAAGAGCCAAAUGCAAAAAGGCAUAGGGGAGACCCUAAUGCACCAACACCUGCCAAGAGUGUCAUGGUUCUGUUUGAUAGUGAUGUCAGGGUUGGAGAGAAUGGUGAAGUGCGCAUGCCAAACACCAUUGAAAUGGCACAACUCAAAAAGCAAGGAAAAGGGCAGUUUGCCAAGAUAUCCUUUACCUCAGAGAUGACAAAAGAGGAUGUCCACAGGGCACUUUGUGUCAAGUUCCCUAUUUUGAGCAAUAAAACAAGACUUAGGUGUGCUUCAGCCAUUGAAAACCGGACAAGGCUAGAAUUUCAUGGUGAUCCGAGACUGUGGGAUGGAGCUCUCAUUAAGAGACUCAUCAGAGGCAAUUCAGCUCUUUAUUUGCUUGCCGAGGGAAGUUGUGAAUCUAAUGAGUCACAAAUGCCACCUUCAGGUACAGUUUCAGAAGCUGCCACAGCACCACAGAAUGUUCUUAGUCAACAGAUGCAACCUCUGUUGGUCAAAACAAGACAGGGGGACCUCUCAGGACCACCAACUUACAAUACAUGUGUGAACAGAGGCACGGAAGUCUUACAUAGAGGUUCACAGCAAUCUUUGGAGCAAGGUAGGUUUGCUGGGAAAUUGACUGGUUGGGAAAACCUUUUACAACACAGUACCUUUACGUCACCUUCAAGGAACCAAGAAAAUGGAACUUCUUCAGUUGCAUUACGUGGAAUUCAAGGCUGUGGUCAGAGUGCCACAGAAAAUUUGACAUUCCAACGUAUGCAGCAUGGAUUCAGUUCAUUAGCAACAUCAACUCAAAAAAGCAGUUUGCAACUGGAGGGGGUACCCUCACAACAAUCAGUAAAUGAAGAUAGUAUGGCAAACCCUGUUCAGCACCAUUACCACACAGAUCUGGGCGGUAAAGCAACAAUGUGGGGGAGUUCAUCAAAACAAAGCAUGCAGUCUUCAGUGGCACAAGGUUCAGCUUUAGUGGCUACACAAAAACUUAAAGCUCUAACACAGUUACCAUGGGUGGAUUUAAUAACAGGGGCAGCUAAUACCAGAGGAGGCCUUUUGCAGCCAGGUCUGUCAGUACAGAAAAGGAAAUAUGAUUCCAUUGUACUGUAGAGCCAGGCUCCACUGAGCUGAUAACCCUGAUCUGGGUAUAGAUGAUGCCAAUUUUGGUCAAAGGUAAUGACGUCAGAAGUGGAACAAAGGCCAACGCUCGUCAGGGCUGGUUACGGCCAGUUACAGCCGACACAGGCAUCUUGAACUUAGCAUUUUACUUGUAAAAUAGAGUUAACUAGUUGGAGCUUACUAUGACCUCUGCACUACCUCUGUUAUCAGAACAAGAAAGCAGCUAUAAACAUUUGCCUCCAGGACAAAGGACAUUGGGUGACAUUGCCUUUAUUGUAAUAUCUGCUUUGUUCAUAAUGUACACAUGAACUGACCUUUAGGUCUCCAGUAUCUCUACAAACAAGUCUGCUUUGUUAGUAAACUGUAAUCAAUACCAGGUUACGCCUAAAUCCAUUAGAUGUAAGUUGCGUGUUCCUUUGUUCUUCAUUGCUUGCACUCGUUGUAUUGCGCUCACUCAUAGUUUACCAGGCAUUAGCGUUGUCUCUCUUACCCACUUUACCCUUCCCUAUGUUCAAAUAAAGCUUGAGUGCACACCUUCCACUUCCAUUCGCAAUGAUGUAGCAGACUGGGUGGGGCUCUUAUCCCACCUUAGCUUCACUUACCCCGGGUGGGGCACAUGCCUCACUUGUUGGCUCAUCCUUUACAUUGCAGGGUGUGUUGUUGCCACUGUUAUUUCAUUACUCAUUUCAGGGUGUGUUGCUGCCACCCUCAUUGCAUAUUUAGUAUUACUGGGGUGUGUUGCUGCCACCCUUAUUGCACUACCUAUUAUUUUAGGGUGUGUUGCUGCCACCCUUGUUGCUUGUACAUGGCAGGGUGUGUUGCUGCUACCCCCAAUUUACGCUAGGGUGUACCCAACAACCUGUAGUCCCAUUUACUGCCAAAGAUUGUGUUGUUGUUUAUUGUGUAUCAUCAAGCAACUAAAUUGUUAAUGGGUUAAUGUUGCCCUAAAUUUGCACUAGACUUGCAAAAUUUUCAUUUGCAUGGAGUUUAUAUGAUUACUCUCAUGGUGGUCCAGAAAGUAUUUUAGCUGCCUCAAAGAAGGUCUUAAUUUGAACCACUGCACCCUUUUCCCUCCCCUCUCUCUCACUCUGGUCCCACUUUAGUGGAAAUUAUUUGACUUUAAGACGAGGAGGCUGGCAACAGUUUCCUACACUUUUCCAACAGCUAUACUUUGAUGGAUGAAUACUACCUCUGUUUGUCAAGAGAUACUACUGACAAUAUUGGUAUAAUGUACAUGCCUAGCCAUUGGUAAACCAAUAAUGGUAAUUUUAUUGGCAUAAUAGGUUACCAUAGCAAUGGUGUAACUUGUCAAAAACACCCUUAAUUUUAGAUUUAAGUGCUUAUAACACAACAACGACUUUAGUGACCCCCAUUUUUUAUUAUCGAAUUUGUGAUAAGCAUAAGAUGCAAAGUUUAAAAAAAUUCUGUAUUGUGAGU